CCUAAUAGACGCUUCAAGCCGCUGGUGUCAGAGCGAAUUAAUAGCCCGGUGCCUCGCUGCUUUUGCUCUCCCUGACCUUGCCCGCCUCUGGCUUGGCUUCUCAAUAUUUGAUCCGGGAUUCCUGUGCUGUCCACCCAUGGCCACAUCGGAUGGACUAGACGGUUGUCUGCAGCGAGGCAGAUCUCAAAGUGACCCGAAUAUACUCACCGAACCGGAGAUCGAUUUGGCUCACGGCUCAGCAGAUGUGUUGGACCAGCAGAUGGUGCUCAGGACAGGCUGCCUCGUGAGCGGCGUCCACACUCCCCCCAUCAGACGGAACAGCAAGCUGGCCACACUGGGCCGCAUCUUCAAGCCCUGGAAGUGGAGGAAAAAGAAAAAUGAAAAGCUAAAACAGAGUUCCACAGAUGUAGCAUUAUCCAGUGGCCUUCUCUACCACAACCCAAACUGCUCCAGCCAGGGUUGCUGUUCAGACGGAACACUCCUGCUUGGCGGUUUCGGGGGACCUUUGAACUCAAACCUCACUGUCAGCAGUGUGGAAUACCUCGGGCCAGAGGAGGAACAUCCCCUCGCAGCGGUCACCCCCUUCCAGGAAUGCGAGCGUCCGGAGGAAUCUGUAAAUGCAGCACUAAAAGAUGCGGAAGGAGAUCCAGAGGCGCACCCCGUCGUCCAGGUAUCCGAUGGCCUGCAGGACAUUAGAGAGCGAAUGGAAGAAAGACCAGAGGAGGACAUUGCUCCAGGAACGUCUCCGCCACAAGUACCUCCAAAACCUUUGCCACAGCUCAUGACCACAGACGAUUCAGGCCCCUUGUCACUCCCUCCUCACCAUCCCAACUCCUACCAUCCCAAGGAGCCUCCACAUCGGACGCCAGAAAGUCUGGUACCCAUCACCCUUCCCCUAAGAGGGCCCCUGGCCAACUCCUCAGGGUCGCCUCACCUUGGCAAUAUGAUUCAUCCACCUAUGCCCCCUAGUUGUAUCAUGGAGGAACUACAAAGAGCGUUCGCCAUCAAAAACAGGCAGGAGAGUGUGCAUGAAGUGUGUGAGCAGGGCUCAUCACCCCCGCGGCUGUGGUGCUCGGAUGGCCGCCUUUCUCGCUCUUGCAGCUCAGAGAACCAACACGCGUCGCUGGCGGGCAUCUGCUUCGGAGGCGGUGGCGGCGGCGGCGGUUCCGACUGGCCCAAGAAGGAGGCGGAGGAGAACAAGGAGAACGUGCGGCUGGACCAGUGCUUCUCCGACACAUCAGGCCUCCCCACCGACCUGGAUGGAUGGAACGACUCGGUCAUCUCUGGCACACUUCCUCGCAGGUUAAGGAAGGAGUUACUGGCUGUCAAACUACGAAACAGGCCCACCAAGCAGGAGCUGGAGGAUCGGAACAUCUUCCCGGCAAGGAGUGACCAGGAGAGGCAAGAAAUACGGCAGCAGAUUGAGAUGAAGCUUGCUAAGAGGCUGAGCCAGAGACCCAAUGUGGAGGAGCUGGAGAGUCGGAACAUUUUGAAACAGAGAAAUGACCAAACAGAACAAGAGGAGAGGAGAGAGAUAAAACAGAGGCUAAACAGAAAGCUUAACCAACGGCCCACGGUAGAUGAACUUCGUGACAGAAAGAUUCUGAUCCGCUUUAGUGACUAUGUGGAGGUGGCCAAAGCUCAGGACUACGACAGGAGGGCAGACAAGCCCUGGACGAGACUCUCGGCGGCAGACAAGGCUGCCAUCCGUAAAGAGCUGAAUGAGUUCAAAAGCACUGAAAUGGAAGUACACGCAUCCAGCAAACACCUUACAAGGUUCCACCGGCCAUGAGGGCCUGGGGUUUCUUCUGUGAAGAAAUGUUCUGAAUGUGCUCACUGUCGACAAGCCUGGAGGCCUUUUUCCGUCUUCAGCAAGUCUUAACUUUCUUCCUGCUUGGACAGGAGAUGAUGUUCACCGCUUCAUGUUCAGAAGGCCAUUGGCCUUUCAGGGUGGCAGCGGACUGGUGGGGGAGGAUUGUAGUAUGGAGUCCUCUGAUUCCCAGGAUGAGCGGCAACGAGGAUAAAUAUGUUUUGUUAACGAGUCAGUGUUGCGGGGUGAGGGGGGGAUUUCGUACUGUACAGUGGACAUUUCGUGAGAAGACGUGCAUGUGGCCACUUUUUCUUAACUGCUGAGUAACGUGUCACUUGACUCGAGAUGGAUUUGAUAUUCACUGUACAAACAGUAUGUCAACAUCAGUGAAAAGAGAACCACCUUUGUUACAAGACUUCAAAAUACUGUCUUUUCUUUUCUUAAAAGGAAGACUCGUUUACCUGAUCCAACUUUUAGAUUUUUUUUUUAAAAGGAACUGAACAUGUGGACUUUUUAAUAGAUUUGUUGAAAAACCUUGAGUUUCCUUCCGGAAUCCAUAUUUUGAUGGAAUUCUCAACUAUAAAAUACUGCCAUUGA